AUGACAGCCUGGAUUCUGCGCUAUGUGAGAAAUUCGAGGCCAGGCCGUCGAACGUCGGGUCCCAUCACCGUUACGGAAUUAGCCGAGGCCGAGAAGCACUGGACAAAACACGUACAGGGACAAUGUUUUACGACAGAGAUUACGUGCACCCUGGAGAACCGGAAGCUACCAGCAAAUUCUCCCCUACGCACAGUGACCCUGUUCAUCGACAAGGAGGGCCUGCUCAGAAUCAACGGCCGACUGCAGUUCAGUGGGAAAGUGUACGAUGAACACCAUCCCAUUGUUCUGCCGAAGACGCACCAUCUGUCAACGUUAGUAGUGCGAGGAUGUCACCGACAGCUGCUUCACAGUGGUGUGCGGGACACAAUGGUCCAAGUAAGGGAAAGGCACUGGAUCGUAGGUGCACGACAACUGAUAAAGAAGGUCAUCAAACAGUGCAUCAUCUGUCAGCGAUUCCGCUCAAGACCAGCGGAAGAAGCGGUACCAAAGGAACGAGUGCCAGAGGCAUUACCUUUCGAAGUCACCGGAAUCGACUUGGGUGGGCCAUUGUUAGUAAAAGGCAAGAGGACUACCCACAAGUCGUACAUCACGCUUUUUACAUGCGGUGUAACUAGGGCAAUUCACCUAGAGUAUGUUGAAGAUAUUCUACAGACAUGUUUCUACGAGCAUUCAGACGAUUCGUCUCACAACGAGGAGUACCACGGAUCAUCUACACUGACAAUGCUCUGA